AUGGGGCUUUCACACAGGCAGGCACACUCCGCCAGCGAGUGUCUAGAUCAUGCCAGUCAUGCCGGUAUGCAAAGGCUCGGUGCUGCGGAAGCCGGCCGAGUUUCUUCGACCCAGCAGGCCCAGCGGAACCAAAGCGAUGUAUCGCAAGCAUCGCUGGAAGACGCCGCGAGUGCGAUUUCUUGGAUGCGUGCUCCAGAACUUCCCGGUAAAGAUAAGAUCAUCACCCUUGUUGAAGAGUACUUCGCCCAUGUACAUCCUCUCCGAUGCUUCGGUUUUGUGCACAAGCCUUCCUUCAUGCAGCGCCUUGACGAAGAUUUUGACACGUGUUGUAACAAUGAAUCACUUCUACAUGUUAUAUGUGCCUUGGGUGCGAAAUUCUUGGCCUUGGACUAUUCUUCCCGUCAAGUUCUGGCACCCGAGGCUGUUCUAGAAGCAGGGAAUCAAUGGGCGAGAAAGGCAAAAGGACGAAUAUUUGCUGACUUGGAUGACUUAUCGCUCGAGAAGCUAAUGACUGCAAUUCUCCUUUAUGACCAUGACUUGCGUAUUGGAAGCUAUGCGAGUGCAUUUAUGCUCAGUGGGAUUACUUCCCGAAUGUCUCAAGCAUUGCAGCUGAAUCUUGAACAUUCUGCUGAUGUGCUUUGUCUGAAAGCAGAGUCAUCAUCGUCAGCAGUGGUAAACGAGACGCGGCGGCGUCUUAUGUGGAGCUGCUAUGUGAUGGAUAGCUGGGUUGGCAGUGGUGUUAACCAACUCACUUUGCUGGAGGAUCGAGAUCUUAAGAUCCAGCUCCCCUGUGACGGCCACAACUUCUCCUUGGGAAUUCCUUGCAUCACAGAACUUUUGGAUGAGGGAAAGGUUUUGGGGUUUGUGCCCAGUAAUCACAUUCCACCACAUCCAGCCCAGAAUAUGGGCAUUGAGGCGUACUUCAUUCGCCUUGUCAGCUUGCGGAAGAAAGUAUUACGCUACGUGAAGCAUUUGGACAUUGCAAGGCCCCCUUGGCUAGCAGGCUCCGAGUUCUUGUUACUGUCAGCCGAAUUCGACAACUGGCGAUAUUCCCUUCCGCAGAGCCUACAGUGGCGCCCAGAUGCCAUUUACGCACGCAGAGAGUCAUCGCAGCUCGGCGCACUGACGCUUCUUUGGUGCACAUACUACCAAACACUGGUUGAUCUAUAUCGCAUUGGGAUGCCUGCCAUCUUUCGCCUUCGGAAGAACGUUGAGUUUCCGCCUGACCAGCAGGGCUUUCUCAAGCAUUGCCGUAGUGUUUGUUAUGAGAAUGCCCGCGAAGUAUCUAAUGUCAUAUCAGAGGCCUUGCGACAUGGUAUCAAAGCUCUUGCUGAUACUUGGUUGUGCAUCAUCGCCCACGACAGCACCAAGGUCAUGCUUUAUUAUAUGCAGCAGAAUGAGAUGGCCCAAGGAGACGUGGGCGAUAUCAAAGCACUCGUUCAGAGGAACCUUGAUGGACUGAUCCAAAUGAGACCUAUGGUGGCCACUGCCGAAUAUUGUUGCCUCUCGAUGGUCAAGAUGAUGAUUGCAGCUGGUAUACAGCCUCACAUUUCACAAGGAGCGGCAAACAAUGGGAGCACUUCCGAACCAGUUGACGAGAUGCCCUCCAUACCAGGGUCCCCUGUCCAGGAGUCCCCUGAGAACGUUUUGAACCCGCUCGCAAUUUAUCGCAUGGCACGAACUGCCUUACACGAGAGAGAUUCCGGAAUCUCAACAUCCCUGUCACCCUCGACCCAUAGUGAACUUUCAACAGCGGUCUUACAGCCAAGAUCCCUUCCUCAGCGCGAUUCGACAAAUUUUGCCACGAGUGGUCAUCCACAAAGCCACCAAGAUCACUCUGGUCAGGGAUUAUUCCAGCAGACCCCCCUUCACAUCAUCACGGGGUCAGGCGGCGCUUGGGAUCCAGCAGACAUGGCCGUUAUGGAUAUGUUGAAUGGAGGGAUAACCCCAUGGACAGCAGAAUAUCUAACAGAUGGCCAGUCUAAUGGUGUGGAUCCUUUCCUGUUUCCCUUCUAG